AUGAUAGUAGAUAAUGGAGUCAAACUAGAACACAGAGACGGUUUCUGUGGCACGAUCGCGUAUCUCCCCCCGGAGAGGAUCAAGGGCAAACACAGGACCUCAGACACCAAGCAUGAUGUUUACAGCUUCUCCAUUGUGAUCUGGGGCAUACUGACACAGAAGAAACCAUACACAGAAGAAAUCAACAUCCUGCACAUAAUGGUGAAAGUGGUGAAGGGGCUGCGCCCGGAGCUGUCUGCCAUCCCUCGCUCCCGACCGCAGGCCUGCAGCGGCUUCAUCAGCCUGAUGGAGAGAUGCUGGCUGGACGCCUCCAGCAAGCGCCCAUCCUUCCAAGAAAUCACUUCGGAGGCAGAGGAACUGUGUUCUAAACCCCAGGAGGAAACCAAAGACAUGCUAGAUGAGCAGGACAGAGAUCCCUGCCAGAGGCAAGAUGCCAACAGCCAGGAGAUCGUUGUGGAGCAGAUGGGGAUGAAGUCCGCUCCGAUGGCUGGUGACAAAGAUUACAGUCUUUCUGAGCUUCUGAGCCAGAUAGACUGUGGGAUUUCACAAAGCUUCGGCUGCGUGAAGGAAAACUCUGAGUGUAAGGAGAUGACCAGCAAGAGGCUCUCGGGAAUCUCCUCCGUGGAUUCUGCCUUCUCGUCUCAAGGGUCCUUGCUGCUGUCAUUUGAAAAAGAAAACUCUUCCAGUGAAUCCGGGACUUUAGAUCUGCAGAAGAAGAAGCUUUGCGAGGCCAUCAUGUCUGAAGACAUUGCCAAACUGAUGAAGAUCCUGCAGCCUCAGGACGUGGACCUCGUCUUGGAAGACGGCCUGAGCCUCCUGCACUACGCUGUCCAGCUGUCCAACGACGAGGCUGUGAAGCUGCUCCUGCUCUACAACGCCAACCCAAACCUGGCCAACAGCCGGGGCUCCACCCCCAUCCACCUGGCAGUGGAGAAGAGGCUGAAGAACAUCACGGAGCUCCUGCUGGGGAGGAAGACCAAUGUGAACGCCAAGGACGAGGACCAGUACACUCCCCUGCACUUCACAGCACAGAGCGGGGAUGAGACCAUCGCCAGGCAGCUGCUGGACCGGGGCGCCUCCAUCAAUGAGACUGACUUCGAGGGACGGACGCCACUGCAUAUCGCCUGCCAGCACGGCCGGGACAAGGUGGUGCGGAUCCUGCUGAGCAGAGGGGCUGACGUGCACCUGAAGGGGAAGGACGACUGGGCGCCGCUCCACUUCGCAGCCUGGCAGGGCCACCUGUCCAUCGUCAAGCUGCUGGUGAAGCAGUCCGGGGCCCGCGUCAACACCCAGACCUCCGACGGGAGAACCCCACUGCACCUGGCUGCUCAGAGGGGUCAUUACAGGGUGGCGCGCAUCUUGAUCGAGCUGGGCGCUGACGUCAGCAUACCGACCACCACGCUGCGUACCCCGCUACAUGUGGCUGCCGAAACUGGGCACACCAGCACUUCCAGGCUGCUCCUCAAACACAAAGCAGACCUAGAGGCCAGAACUGGGCUGGGGUUGACUGCUCUGCAUCUCGCUUCCCAGUUCGGCCAUCUCCCGACGGUUAGACUGCUCAUCGACGAGCAAGCCAACGUUCACGCCAAAGACCACGCCCACAGACCGGCUUGCCAUUUUGCCGCUGAGGAGGGUCAUUCGGAAGUCAUAAAGGAGCUGGUGCUGUCCAGCUCUGAAAGUGUGAACCUCGCUGACAAGCAGGGCUUCACCCCUCUCCACCUGGCUGCCAAAGGAGGACAUCUGCAGGCUGUCCACACCCUGCUUGCACACGGCGCCCUGGUGAGCUGCCAGAACGCUGCGGCUCAGACUCCCCUGCAGCUUGCACAGGAGAAUGGGAAGACCUCUGUGGUGAAGCGGCUGCUGCAAACUGAAGACCAGAUGGAGGAGAAAGUGUCUUGAUCUUCGAACCGCACACGACGGGAGUAUUAAAUGAAAACCCAGACUGGAUACCUGCGGCUGCCAUGGCACGGCAUGUUUAAUCUGUCCUUGAGUUGGAAAGUGAGAACAUUUCUUUUUAAAACAUUGUUUUUUGCGUCAGUAGGAGCCGUUUUGAAGAAAUAGAGGAAAUCCCUGCAGUUUUAUGCAAGGAUAAUGACGUCCUGUACAAGCAGGUGCAGUAUUCGUGAUGUACAAUACAGAUACUAGAAAAGCAGUUCUGGUCCAAAUUUGAACCUUUAGCUGUAAAUGUGCUUUCUCUAAACGAAGGGUUCUUUUAGUCUAUUCUUGUUUUAUCAAAAGGAGAAAAAAAGAAAGAUUUCCUUUUUCUUUUAAUUCUACAAUAAAAACAAAGUUGUUUAAGAUUUUGUUUAAAGCUGUCAGUAUAAAUUGUGUUUUUGCAGAUGUUUUUGUCUCACGCAUGUGUGAUAUUUAAUAUUGUUGUAUAUUUUAUGAUGCCAAUGUACAUGUUUUUUUUGCUUUUUUUUUAAAUUACAAAGAUAUUGCACACUUUCACUUAAUGGGAUCUGGGGUCUAAUGUUAAUGACCAAAACAGCGCUCCCUAAUAGUAUUUCCACUGGUUGCAACAUAUGCUACUGUUCGGAUCCGCGCUCCAUAAGCCACAGUGCCUUCUGUGUGUAGGCAGGUGAGUGGCACGUUCUCCUUGUGAAUCUGUGCUGGUCUGCAGUACUGUAGCUGCUCAACCUGGCGACACACAUGGAGUGUAACUCUCUGACAUGGAGAACGUGUUUCCAAACUCUGCAUUGCCUGAACAGCACUUAGAUCACCUGCACCAGACCCCCCCCCCUUCCCCCCCGCACAGACACCUGCACACAGUUUCAUCUGUCUGUAUAUAAUAACUGUAUGCCAUUAAUAAACACGAAUCGUUCUAA